UUGUCUCCGGAUGAGAUUAAAAAGGAUAAACCAAUUGCCUAUACAUCUCGUACCUUCAAUAAACAAGGAGGAAACUAUUCGAAAACAGUAAAGGAAUUAUUGGCGAUACUGGUUGCUAUUAACACUUUUCGACUAUGGUCUUUACGGCAAUCGUUACAAUCAUCAUCAUCGAAUGACCAUCGUUCUCGUCAUCGUCAUAAUCAUCGUCACGAUCGUUGUCAUUGUCAUGGUCAUCAUGAUCAACGUCAUGGUCAUGAUCAUCAUCAUGGUCAUCGUCACCGUCAUAGUCAUAGUCAUCGUCAUCAUCAUCGUUAUGAUCAUCUUCAUGGUCAUCGUAAUCGUCAAGUCCAUCGUCAUGGCCAUGAUCACCAUCAUGAUAAUCGUCAUCGUUAUGAUCAUCGUCAUGGUCAUAGUCAUUGUCAUUGUUAUGAUCAUCGUUAUUGA